GGUGCUCCGGAGCCGCUCACUCAGUCCUCCAGCCGUCAAACACACAAACCCACAAAACCCUGCGACAUCCUGUCCUCACUUUUUAUCUCCGAACACAUUGGAAGAUGGAGAAUCAGAGGGGCGAUCAGGCCCGGCCAAGAGGUGCAGGGCGCCCCCAGCGGGACUCGGGGAACGGUCCCAACCUGCCCAGCGCUGUCCUGAAUGGGGACGACCUCCACGGAGCUCCACGGAGGAGAAGAACCAACCGCUCCUCCCGCUCUGAGAGUCAGGGCCUGGAGGAGGAAGGCGGCUUGAUGGAGGGGUUCGGACCCAUGCAGGGGGCCAGGGGGGAGAUCGUGUGGUUCAACAGCAGCAUGUACCAAGAGGCCGAAAGCUACUUUCAGAGCCCUGCGGCAGCGGCGGCGACGCCCAGACCCGCCCCGCUGUCCUCCUCGCCCAGAGACCGAGCCCACCGGCCCCUUGUGUUCAGAGCUAAACGCAACACCAGCCGGCAAAGUCAGGAGGAAGGCAGCCCUCGCCCGCCCAGCCACCAGCGCUCGUCCUCCGAGCCGCACAGGGGACGGCCGGCGCCGAGGGGAGGCGGCAGGAAGAGGGUGUUCUCGGAGACGGAGCGCGCCCCUCAGAAAAAACGGGACAAUACCAAAAUGAGUGACCUGCAGUGCCUUGCCCAGGAAAAUAUCUGGUUUGAUAAGUCCAGAUACGACGAGGCGGAGCGGCGCUUCUACGAGGGAGCGAACGGCAUCCCCCAGGCUCCUCAGGAGAAAGACGCUAGUGCCAUCCUGCAGGACAUUGUAAACGCCCGCCAGACUAUCCAGCAGUCCCUAGAUGAAGUGAAGGCAGCUCUACAGCCGGGUAAAGGGCACUCGCGUCCUCAAAAACCCCGCGAGCGCAAGACCAGUCAGAAUGCCAGCAGAUCAGAAGAUCACGGUGAGCUGGUAUCACGCAUGAAGAGCCUAGAACUGGACAACAAGAACUUGCACAAAGUGGUGGAUGACCUGAAGGCCAUGCUGUCCAAACUAGAGUCCAGAAUGUCAGAACUGGAGAAAAGCCAGGGUAAGCCAACCAGACCAGCUCCAGGCCUCCAGGCUGCUCCAGCUCCUAAUCCCAAGGUAGUGGUUAAAGAGGAGAACGAGGAAGACGACGACAUCGACCUGUUCGGCAGCGAUGAGGAGGAUGAAGAGGCAGAGCGCAUUAAAGCACAGAGAGUGCAGGAGUACGCUGCCAGGAAAUCAGCCAAACCCGUCCUCAUCGCAAAGUCCUCCAUCCUGCUCGACGUCAAGCCUUGGGAUGAUGAGACGGACAUGGCCAAGCUGGAGGAGUGUGUGCGCUCUGUGCAGGCGGACGGGUUGCUCUGGGGUGCCUCAAAGCUUGUUCCUGUUGGUUACGGCAUCAAAAAGCUGCAGAUCAACUGUGUGGUUGAAGACGACAAAGUUGGAACAGACAUGCUUGAGGAGGAGAUUACCAAAUUUGAGGACUUUGUCCAGAGUGUUGACGUUGCUGCCUUCAAUAAGAUCUGAGCCGAUGCUUGACAAUCAACCCAUCACCUCGGAGUUACUGCUGCUUUUGUAUUGCACGGUUACAAAUAAACAGUUUGAGCUUACAAUUAAA